ACUAGUUACCACAGCCACAAAGUCAGAAUUAUUGCUAAAUCCCGCCUAUUUCUACAAUCUGAUUUUAAACCUAACCAUAAUCACACUGUUAACCCCGUGCUUAAUUAUAACCUUACAUUAAGACCAAAAAAAAGUACAUUUUUGUUUUCAGGAAUUUUUACGAUGUACCCAUUUUGCCUUUGUGCGUGUGGUAAUUAGUGACAACCACAAGUGUAUAUACAUCUGUACUCCUAUCCACGCUGCGAUGUCUCGGAAGAAAGAGAAAGAAGAAUAUUACCGUUUUUUCUCGGUGACAGAACCACGCACACACGAGAAGGGACACACGGAAUAUAAAGUCACCGCAAGGUUUGUCUCCAAGCGUCAUCCAGAGGACGUCAAGGAGGUGAUAGUAUGGAGGAGGUACAGUGAACUGAAGAAGCUAUAUGGAGAGCUGUCCUACACACACAGAAACCUGUUCAGGAGACAGGAGGAGUUCCCUUCGUUCCCUGGCUCUCAGCUCUUUGGUAGGUUUGAUGAAGGGGUGAUCGAGGAGAGGAGGAGUGCAGCUGAGGCCAUGCUACUAUUCACCACCAAUAUCCCUGCUCUCUACAACAGCCCUCAGCUAAAGGACUUCUUUAGGGGUGGAGAGGUGAUCAGGCCGUUAGACCCCUCUCCUCUCUCCUCCUCCACCCCCCUCCCUCCCCCCCUCAUCCCCCUACCACAGCGUCAAGGCUCAGACUGUGAACCAGCGGCGGAGGAGGAGGGGACCGAGGCCCCUAUCCAACCCCAGAAGUUGGGCCUUUCACUGGGCACGGAUCUAGUCGAGCCUGAGGUUGCAGCUGAGGCCUAUAGUGAGAUGGGGGGUUGUCCUACUCCAGUGGCAGUAACACCUACAGCUGAGGAGGAGGAGGAGGAAGAGUUAACGGACCUUCCUGAUCUACCCGGUGAUCUGAAGCUAGACGACAGAGUUCUUACUCCGUUCCAGCCCUGCGUCCUCAGAACAGACCAAUCGCAGUCUCAGGAGGAGUUUGAUUCGCUGUUCGAUUCUGUGAUGCGGGAGGAGCCUACAGAGGAAGUACCGCCCCCUCCUCUCUCCGACAACGACCUCGCCAUCUUCGACCCCUGUGCUAAAGAAGACCAACCGAGAGCAUCACACGACCAAUCAGAACUUCUGUCGCUGCCCUUGACCAAUCCGGACGGCGGGGAGGUGGGCUAUCUGAAGCAGGCAGCCAAUGAGCUCACAGCUGCGAUGGAAAGCGAGAAGGAGGGAGAGUACAGUACAGCCAUACAAAAAUACAAGACAGCUGUGGAUUUACUCAUCACUGGAGUUAAAGGAGAUCCAGACCCACAACGUAGAGGCUCAGUAAAGAGAAGAACUGCUCAGUAUCUGGAACAUGCAGAGACACUACUCACACUACUUACCUCCACACACACCUCGCAGGACCAGGAUGCUUAAACACACACACACACACCCACACUGCGGAGAAGGACUCGUAAACACACACUCCUUAAUACACUCAGGAUCAAUAGACCAACUGGAGUGUUGAAUAACCAAUAGCACCACUUACACACACCUCCCUCCCUACCUCUCUCUUAAAACCACAGGAGGUUGGUGGCACCUUAAUUAGGGAGGACGGGCUUGUGGUAAUGACUGGAGUAAAUGGAAUGGUGUCAAAUACAUCAAACGUUCGGUUUCCAUGGUGUUUCAUUCCAUUCCCUCUGUUCCAGACGUUAUUAUGAGUCGUCUUCCCCUCAGCAGCCUCCUAUUGCUUAAAAAACACACACACACACACACACACACACACACACACACACACAAAGAAUCACAUCCCUGUUGCUUUUAUAUCAGUGGGAAAUCUGGAAUCAACUGUCAAAUAUUUGAAUCUGAUUCCCCUUAAUGAACAAGACACUGGCUUGCUUCCCAAAAGGCACCCUAUUCCCUAUAUAGUGCACGGCUUUUUAGCAGGGCCGAUAGGUGAACACUAGGGCUCUAGGGCUCUGCUCUAAAGUAGUGCACUAUAUAGGGAAUAGGGCUCUGGGCUAUAUAAGGAAUAUGGUUCCUUUUUCCGCUUAAUUUAUCUUCCUAAAGUCUUUUAAGGUAUUAAUAAUAUUGUGUUUUUCUACACUACACAUGCAUUCGUUAAUUGUUUUCAUAAAUCAAUCAAUACAGCCGAUACAGUGUAUGCAA